AUGGAUUUUGAUGAAAGGGAACAUUUAGGACAUGUCAUAAUAAGAGAAAUAUUUGAAAAAAAUUUCUCUUCUAAUGUUCAUGAUAUAUUAAAUCGGGAUACGAAAAUCUUGGAUAUUGGGUGUGGUUCCGGAUUCUGGUUAACAGAAAUGGCAGCCGAUUUCCCAAAACCUAGUUAUAUUGGUGUCGAUAUGUUACCAGUAUUUCCUACAUCUACAGUUCCAAGUAACAUAACAUUUAAACAACUUAAUCUAUUAGAAGGAUUACCUUUUGAAGAUAAUACAUUCGAUUUUAUUCAUAUGCAAUUUUUAGCAUGUGAUUUUACCGAAUUACAAUGGGAAACCAUCGUAUAUAAAGAACUUGCACGUGUUCUUAAACCAGGUGGAUGGUUAGAAAUAUGUGAUCCUGAAUUUGAAUUUUAUAAUAGUGGACCAACUGCCAAACAAAUAAAUUCCGCAGUAUGUACUUAUUUAAGAUCAAGAAAUGUAAAUCCAUUAAUAGUUCAACGUCAUCGAUCGCUCAUUGAAUCAAUUCCAUCAUUUUCAUCAUCUAUUGUUUAUCACGAAAAAAGACAUUUUCCGUUAGGACCAUAUGCAAAUAAAUUAGGAAUAUUAGGAGGAUUUCUUACAGUUAAAUGUUGUAAAGAUAUUUUAUUAGGACCAGUUGGUAAAAUUGCAAAGAUAAAUACCGACAUUAAUGAUAUUCUUACACGUGAAUUUGAUUCACAUAACACUUAUUUCCUUGUUCAUAGAUUUUAUGUUCAAAAAAAGAAAUGA